ACAGGCAGCUGAGCUGUGCCGGGUAUGGCAGGAGCUGUGUGUGCGGGAGCGCCAGGCACGGGACCGGAACCGCCAGCUGCUGCAGGACUUCGGGCACCUAGAGACCCAGCUGGGGCUGCUCUGGGCCAGGACAGACAUGGUCAGGAGGAGGAAGGUGGACUAUCAGGAAUUUCUGCAGCGGCUGCUGCUACAGUUGAGGAUGGAGGCAGGGAGCCCAAGCCAGGUCCCUCAGCACCAGGACUGGGCCUCUGCCCAGAUGCUGGACCUGCCUCUGCACUCGCACCUCAGGAGACACCUCCCUGACCCCCCCCAGUGGAUGGACCAUCUCCAGUGCCGGACCUCAGGGCCUCAUCCUGUCUCCCCCACACAGUCCCCAGAGCCUGCUGCCUUCCUUGCGUCCACUGGGGCAGGUGGGGCUGGGCCCCCAGAGGCAGCCCGGCGCAGAGGGGGCCUCCGUUACACCCCCUGGCCCCACAGAGGACCGGUUGCCAAGGACCAUGGCUACAGGACACCUGCUCCUAAGCCCCAUCAGGAGCCAUCCCCACUUCUCCUCCCACAUUGGCUCAGGUUCCCCAUCCCGGCUGAAUCAAAGGGUGUGCCUGGGGCUCAUCCCCAGCCCACGCAGACCAGGGCUCAUGCUGGAGCUGGGGCACGCACUGCAGAUGCCACCAGCUCUGGGGUGGGGCACCGACACCAGGCAGCUAACGGAGCCUCCGGGACACUGCUGAGGAGAGGAGCCUGGACGCGGGACUGCAUGGAAACAGCUUGUGAGGAGUUCCGGGUCAGGGUCCCAAGACUGUGGUGCAAGGAGAAGCCAGAGGGAGACACGACAGCCCUGGCUCAGAGGGAGAAGAGGACAUUGGAGAGCCAGGAACAGAAGGGAAGCAGCCAGGGAAGCUCCUGUUUGGAGGAAGGGUCAAGAAAAGUAAAGGUGGCUGAGGCGCCGCCUGCCAGCACCACUCAGUGGCCAAGGAUACCAUCGCAGGAACCUGCAGCUUGCAGUUCCACAGAGUUCUGCAGUGACGCAGAGGAGCUGAGAGCAGACCUGGAAAUGGUGCUGAGGGAGGACCAGAGCCUGGAUGACCAGGACGACUUCUACGACUGAGGGAGGGAUCCAGCACAGCCAUGUAAAUCCGGAGUGACUGCAUCCCUGUCUGCGUGGUUAUGCCAGAGUGAAAUGAGUGUUGGUGGGAGAAGACUCAAUGCGGCUGGAUGGAAAUGGAGUUAAUGUUCAUGUUACAGUGCAAAGGUGAAAUUAAAGCCUACCAGGAGCUGAGCAAUGUGGUUGCAGCACCUUUGAAUUUGAAAUUGUACCAUUUGUGUUUCACUAUUUGCUCUCCUGCUGCUCUGGACCAUUCAGAUUUUCCUACGAAAUAAUACUAGUCCUUGAAGCUGGUGGAAGGUUUUCCAGAUCAAUGUUUUUCCAACCAAAAAUGGCUUUUUGACUAAAUGAAAAUCCCAUUCUCUCCCUCUCCCCUCACACCCCACCUGCCCCUUUAAAAAGCUAUAUUUGUCAAAACAUUUCCAGGGAAAAACUAAAAUUUGCAACUUUCAACGACAACAAAAAGG